AUUGUUGUGGUCUUGUGGAGAGUGAACAGGAGAGAGAGUGAGAGAAAGCAAAAAAUAUACAAGGAAGAAAUAAUAAACCAAUCAAUGGCAACAGCAGCAUCAGCCUCUUUCCUGAUAAAGAACACAUCCUCAGCUGCAACUGCAGCUGCUGGUCUUGAUAAGUCUGAGUGGGUAAAGGGUCAAUCCCUCCACAAAGUAUCUGUUGUUAAGUGUACUCCUUCUGCUCCUUCCUCUUCUCUUUGUGUUAAAGCCAGUUCUUAUGCUGAUGAGCUUAUCAAAACCGCGAAAACAAUCGCAUCACCAGGCCGCGGAAUCCUGGCUAUGGAUGAGUCAAAUGCUACCUGUGGGAAGCGGUUAGCCUCAAUUGGACUGGAGAACACGGAGGCCAACCGUCAGGCCUACAGAACUCUGCUUGUAUCAGCUCCUGGACUUGGUCAGUACAUCUCCGGAGCCAUCCUUUUCGAGGAGACACUCUACCAGUCCACCACUGAUGGUAAAAAAAUGGUUGACGUCCUGGUUGAUCAGAAUAUUGUACCUGGUAUUAAGGUUGACAAGGGUUUGGUUCCCUUGGCUGGAUCAAACGAUGAGUCAUGGUGUCAAGGUCUUGAUGGCUUAGCUUCACGCUCUGCUGCCUACUACCAGCAGGGUGCUCGUUUUGCCAAAUGGCGUACAGUUGUGAGCAUUCCCAACGGACCAUCUGCACUUGCUGUGAAGGAAGCUGCUUGGGGUCUUGCUCGCUAUGCUGCCAUCUCGCAGGACAACGGAUUGGUACCGAUUGUGGAGCCAGAGAUAAUGUUGGAUGGUGAACAUGGAAUAGACAGGACAUUUGAGGUAGCAAAGAAAGUAUGGGCUGAAGUAUUCUUCUACCUGGCUGAGAACAAUGUCAUGUAUGAAGGCAUUCUCCUUAAACCUAGCAUGGUUACUCCUGGUGCUGAGUGCAAGGAGCAAGCCACUCCUCAACAGGUCGCUGACUACACCCUCCGCCUCCUCCGCCAACGAAUUCCCCCUGCUGUUCCUGGAAUCAUGUUCUUAUCUGGGGGGCAAUCUGAAGUUGAAGCAACCCUCAACUUGAAUGCAAUGAACCAAGCUCCAAACCCAUGGCACGUGUCAUUUUCUUACGCAAGAGCCCUCCAGAAUACCUGCCUUAAGACAUGGGGAGGAAGGCCUGAGAAUGUGCAGGCAGCUCAAGAAACCUUGCUUCUCCGGGCAAAGUCCAACUCUCUCGCUCAGCUAGGAAAAUACACUGGCGACGGAGAGUCUGAGGAGGCCAAGCAAGGAAUGUUUGUCAAGGGAUACACUUACUAAUUAUUCCCUUUUUUGCUUGCAGUUUAGAGCUAUAAUUACCAGCCCAGCUUAUGCUGCUUCUCAUUUACCCUUUCUGUAUGUUUAUUUUGCACCUUUUAACCAUCAAUUUAUGGAAUGAAUCUACAUUUGGAUUA